UUGGUGUUGGGUUUAUUUGUGGGAGAGGCUAGUCAGCGCUAGGUCGGACUACGGUGACUGAACCCAGAAGGCGGAGAGCAGUUGUGUGCGCUGCACGAGGCGACUCUGGAGCUCUGUGACGGUGCCCAGUGUGUCCCACUCCUGGGCCAGGAUAGGGACCGCCAUACCCAUAUCUCCUGGCUGGUCGCUCUCUCCUCUGGACCCUGCUUAAAACCGAGUGGUUCCAUGGCGGCGGCGGCCACGUGGCUCUCAGCUCAGGGCACAGUGACUUUUGAAGACGUGGCUGUGAAAUUUACCCGGGAGGAAUGGAAUCUCCUUAGUGAGGCUCAGAGAUGCCUGUACCGUGAUGUGACCCUGGAGAACCUGGCACUUAUAUCCUCCCUGGGUUGUUGGUGUGGAGUGGAAAAUGAGGCACCUUCUAAGCAGAGUAUUUAUAUACAAAGAGAGACUCAGGUCAGGAUUCCUAUGGCAGGUGUGUCUCCCAAGAAGGCCCACCCCUGUGAGAUGUGCGGCCCUAUCUUAGGAGACAUUCUGCAGGUGGGAGAUCAUCAGGGAACACAUCCCAAGCAGAAACUGCACAGGUGUGAGGCCUGGGGGAACAAAUUGUAUGACAGUGGAAACUUUCAUCAACACCAGAAUGAGUACAUUGGAGAGAAACCCUACAGAGGCAGUGUUGAGGAAGCGUUGUUUGUGAAGAGGUGUAAGUUUUGUGUGUCAGGGGAGUCAUCUGUCUUCAGUCAGAGUGGGAAGGACUUUUUGCCCAUUUCAGCAUUACUCCAGCAGGAGGCCACUCACACUGGGGAGAAGUCAAACAGCAAAACUGAGUGUGAGUCUCCCUUUCAGUGGGUGGGAGCUCACUAUAGCCAUGGACAAUCCAUGAAACAUUUUAGCACCAAAUAUGUACUCAGUCAGCAUGAGAGACUUCUCCCUAGAGAAGAGUAUUAUGUGUGCUGUGAAUGUGGGAAAUCCUUUAGCAAAUAUGAUAGCUCCAGUAAUCAUCAGAGAAUUCACACUGAAAAAAAACAUGAAUGUGGAGAAUGUGGGAAAUCCUUUAGUCAAAAAAGAAGCCUCAUUCAACAUCAGCGAUUUCACACUGGAGAAAAACGUUAUGAGUGUGAAGAGUGUGGGAAAUCUUUUAGUUCAGAAGGAUAUCUUAGGAGCCAUCAACGAGUUCACGCUGGAGAAAGACCUUACGAGUGUGGAGAAUGUGUGAAAUCUUUCAGUCAUAAGCGCAGUCUUAUUCACCAUCAGCGAGUUCAUACUGGAGAAAGACCUUAUCAGUGUGGAGAAUGUGGGAAAUCUUUCAGUCAAAAGGGCAACCUCACUCUACACCAGCAAGUUCACAGUGGAGAAAGACCUUAUCAGUGUGGAGAAUGUGGGAAAUCUUUCAGUCAUAAGCGCAGUCUUGUUCACCAUCAGCGAGUUCACAGUAGAGAAGGACCUUAUCAGUGUGGAGAAUGUGGGAAAUCUUUCAGUCAAAAGGGCAACCUCGCUCUACACCAGCAAGUUCACAGUGGAGAAAGACCUUAUCAGUGUGGAGAAUGUGGGAAAUCUUUCAGUCAUAAGCGCAGUCUUGUUCACCAUCAGCGAGUUCACAGUGGAGAAAGACCUUAUCAGUGUGGAGAAUGUGGGAAAUCUUUCAGUCAAAAGAGCAACCUCGUUCUACACCAGCGAGUUCACACUGGAGCAAGACCUUAUCAGUGUGGAGAAUGUGGGAAAUCUUUUAGUUCGAAAGGACACCUUAGGAACCAUCACCACAUUCACACUGGAGACAGACUUUAUGAGUGUGGAGAGUGUGGGAAAUCUUUUAGUCAUAAAGGCACCCUCAUUCUACAUCAGCGAGUUCACCCUAGAGAAUGACCUUAUGGGUGUGGAGAAUGUGGGAAAUCUUUUAGUUCAAACGGGCACCUUAGGAGCCAUCAGCGUGUUCAUACUGGAGAAAGACCUUACGAGUGUGGAGAAUGUGGGAAAUCUUUUAGUCAUAAGCGCAGCCUUGUUCACCAUCAGCGCAUUCACACUGGAGAAAGACCUUACAAGUGUGGAGAAUGUGGGAAAUCUUUUAUUGAAAAAGGACACCUUAGGAGUCAUCAGCGAGUUCACACUACAGAAAGACCUUUUAAGUGUGGGGAAUGUGGGAAAUGUUUUAGUCACAAGGGUAACCUCGUUUUACACCAGCAUGGCCAUACAGGAGGAAGGCCUUAUGUGUGUAGUUAAUGUGGAAAAUUAUUUAAGAAGGCUCGCCUUCUUGCACACCAGAGAAUUCACAAUGGAGAAAAGCCAUAUGCUUGUGAAGCUUGUCAGAAAUUUUUUAGGCACAAGUACCAACUCAUUGCACAUCAGAGAGUUCACACUGGAGAAAGGCCUUAUGAAUGCAAUGAUUGUGGAAAAUCAUUUACCCACAGCUCUACAUUCCAUGUUAAUAAGCGAAUUCACACUGGAGAAAAGCCUUAUGAGUGCAGUGAAUGUGGAAAAUCUUUUGCUGAAAGCUCCAGUCUCACUAAACACAAGAGAGUUCACACUGGAGAAAAGCCUUAUAAAUGUGAGAAAUGUGGGAAAUUAUUUAACAAGAAGUCUCACUUGUACACCAGAAAGUUCACACUGGAGAAAAGUCAUAUGAGUGUGAGGACUGUCAGAAAGUUUUUAGCAAGAAGGACCACCUCAUUGCACAUCAGAGAGUUCACACUGGAGAAAAACCAUAUGAAUGCAAUGAUUGUGGGAAAUCAUUUACCCACACUGCAUUCCGUGUUCAUCAGAGAGUUCACACUGCUCACACCACCUUAUGAGUGCAGUGAAUGUGGGAAAUAUUUUGCUGGAAGCUCCUGUCUCACUAAACAAAGAAGAGUUCACACUGGAGAAAAGCCUUAUGGGUGCAGUGAAUGUGGGGAGAAAUUUAGCCAAAGCUUUUCACUUUUUCAUCAUCAGAGAGUUCACAAGAGAAAGGCCUUAGUUGUGUAGUGAAUGUGGGAAAUUCUUUGCCAAAACUUUCAGUCUCGUUAAACACAGGAGAGUUCUUGUGAUUGCAGCAAACGUGGAAAAAAGUUGCCUGAAGGUCUUCUCUCUUUGAACAUCAGAGUUCACACUAGACAAAUGAAAUACAUUUGGGCGAUUUUGUAGCCACACCUCUGUGCUCCUUUAACAUCAGAGAGUUAAUACUGGAUCAGGGCCUUACCAGUGUGACAAAUGUGAGAUAUUUAUGUAGAAAUCUAGCUUCAUAAUACACAGGAGACUUCCCACUGCAGAAACGCUUUCUGAAUGUAAUGAAUGCAAGAAAGGCUUCAGCCUUUUUU